AUGACUGAACGCAUCAAAGGAAAUGCUGAAUAUGUUGCUGGAGCCACCAAAGAAACACUUGGUUCCAUGGUUGGCAGUGAACGAAUGAAAGCUGAAGGUGCUGCCGCUAAGACUGAAGGCGCUUCUCGUGUUGAUGCUGCAAAAACGGGUAAACGCACUGAAGGUAAAGCUGAGGAACUAAAAGGCAACGUCAAAGAGACCACUGGUAAUCUUACGGGUAGCAACCAAAUGCAAGCUGAAGGGCAAACUGAUCAGUCCACAGGCCAAGGCAACAAAACAAAGUCUUAA